AUGGCCAAACUUCAUGAACUGAAACCAAUCUACGCCACUCAUCUCGACAAAUGCUGUUCCUCAAAAAACACAAACAACCUCAAAAUAAUCCACGCGCGCACCAUCAUUUUGGGCAUUUCACACCAUGAUUUCAUUCGAACCAAACUCGUAUCUUGUUACGCUUCAUGUUCCCAAUUGCACCAAGCCAAUAUCCUCUUUUCAUUCACUAAUCGCCAACCCAUUUUCCUCUUCAACUCUCUCAUCAGAGCCUAUUCAUCUCUUAACAUGUUCUCUCAUUCUCUCUCCCUUUUUCGCCGAAUGGUUUUCUCUCCUAAGCCCUUUGAUCGCCACACUUUGCCUCUUGUGUUAAAAUCAUGCGCUGGCUUAUCGGCUUUAAGGCUGGGGAGACAGGUUCAUGGAGCUCUUUUGGUUAAUGGGUUUGGGUUGGAUUUGAAAAAUUCGAAUGCUUUGAUACAUAUGUAUUGUAAGUGUGGACAUUUGGAUUUUGCACGCAAAGUGUUUGACGGAAUGUGGAAGAGAAAUGUGAUUACAAUGUCGACGAUGAUGGCGGGGUAUGGAAUGCAUGGUAGGUUUGAAGAGGUUUUUGAGAUGUUUUCUAGAAUGGUGGAAGUUGGAGAGAGGCCAGAUGGUGUUACUUUUACUGUAGUUUUGACUGCGUGUAGUCAUGGUGGUUUUGUAGAGAAGGGGAGGGAGAUAUUUGAGACGAUGAAGGUGGGGUUUGGGGUGAAACCUGAGCUGAGACAUUAUACAUGUAUGGUGGAUAUGUUGGGGAGGGUUGGUUUAGUGGAAGAAGCAGAGAAGUUGAUUUUGAGAAUGGAUGUUGAGCCUGAUGAAGCUUUGUGGGGUGCCCUGUUGGGGGCAUGUAAAACUCAUAGGAAGGUUGAUGUGGCUGAGAGAGUUGCAGAGAGGGUUUAUGGGACAGAAAUUAGUGUUGUUGCAUCCUCAAAUUGA